UACGUAUACAUCGCGUCGUUAGGAUUUGUAUACAUAUGCUCUCUAGUAUAUGCUCGUGAUGGCAGCGCGCAUUGUGGUAGAGUGAUAAAAUAGGUAAAGAUGGACGAAAAUGGCAUGUAAGGUGUUGGUAAAUUCCAGUGAAAUGUUUGGUUAUUUUCGCCGCCUAGGAUGGGAGGCUGCAUAGGCAUAACAAGGGCCAGGAACGCCUCUGUCGACGAUACAUCGGGUAAUUCUACCAGGACCAAUUCCGGUAAUUCUAGAAAAAAUCAUCCACUUUGUCACGAAGUGAUCAGAUGGAAAUCGGAUGUUCCCUUGACAGAGGGUCAACUGAGAAGCAAAAGGGAUGAAUUCUGGGAUACUGCUCCAGCUUUUGAUGGACGCAAAGAAAUAUGGGAUGCAUUAAGAGCGGGCGCAACCGCAGCAGAAGCACAAGACUACCAAUUGGCACAGGCAAUACUAGACGGAGCUAAUGUCUCUGUGCCAAAUGGUUAUUUAACCGAAUGUUACGACGAACUUGGCACUCGAUACCAAGUUCCGAUUUACUGCUUAUCAUAUCCAAUAAAUAUCGUCAAGGAAGAUAGCGGUAGAGAUUCACCUGCAGAUUGUUCUGAACCAGUGGAUGGAGGCACAGAGAUGACCUUAAAACUUAGGCUAUCUACUACCCUAGGAGAUGUUAAAUUACCUGUUUAUAGCAAGGAUACCAUUGGAGCUGCCAAGAAAAAAUUGCUGAGUCAAGAAGGUCUAGAGCCAUCCAGGCAACGGUGGUUCUUUGGAGGAAAAUUACUGGGCGAUAAAAUGCACAUAGAAGAAGCAAAGAUACAGCAAAGCUACGUAAUUCAAGUAAUUGUUAAUCCGGAAAAAAUGGAUACAAGUCCUACAAAAACUAGUUGAACUUGUGAUACAGCACGGAAUCAAGUGGCGCUAGCCCUUGGAAGCGAUCAAGAUCUUUGGAGGACAUUCCUACACAGAUUACGGAGUGCAAUGUGUCGAUUUAGAGAUUUGUAUACUUCUUUCUUCUUUUAUAUGAUUUUUUUUUUCUAAAUUACAUACAGAGUAGUAGUUGGCCACAUUCCAGUUUUUUUACAAAAGAUUUUUUACCGUUUUCAUAAUCUGAAUCAAAACAAGACAUCUCCUGCAGAUGUUCUAUUUAUUCAAUAACAGCAAAAGCGAUAAAUAUGCCUGGAAUGUUAUAUUACUUCAUCUAACACUGAACUUAUUUAAUAAGAAAAGGUAACAAGAAUUAUGGCAAGUACUUGUACUUUUUGGUAGUGAUGUUGAAUUGUUUGAGUGAUUAUGUUCUUAAAAGAACGUUGCGAUACAAGGGUGUAUUCGAAGCGGUUUAUUCGACAAAAUUGUAGUACAUAAUCAAGCGGUUUGCAUUUGGUAUGCUUGGAUACUUGGAUUUUUUUUUUUUUUUUUGGUAAACAAAUAGCACACUUUGAGUUGCCGUUAUGAAAUAAUCAUACAAACAGAUAUGCCCAAGAAUUAAGAUAAAUUUUCAAAGAAGAGAUACUUUUCAAUCUGGAACAGAACGGUCUGAUUCCUUGCUACAUUUGACAAAGAAAUAUUAUGACCUACGAAUUUUAAAACAAACAUCAAAGCACGGAGUGAAGUUUUUUUUUUCAACAAUCGCAUGAUGAAUAUGGACAAUUUUUGAUGUUGCUAAAUCAGUAUCAAGGUAGCUAUUAAACUAGUCGAUGGUGUUUCAUACACACUUUAAUAUACUUUGAAACAGUAAACUACCUUAAAUUUGAAAUUUUCACAUCACACAUGUCUCGGUAUUUGAUUACGUUAACUAUACAAAAGUUUGAGGCAUUCGCAAGACAACCAGCAAAAUGCGAAUCUCAUUUUUUUCAGCAGUUGAAUAAGUAAAUUAAGUUCUUGCUCUAUGAUUUGGACGAUACGAAGCGUGUCUUGACAGAAGCGAGAACUCAAGUCUAUAUAUUUUCGAGAGAAUCAAGCUAGUCAAUGUUGAUUUAAAUUCAGUGCUUCAAUUUUGUUUGUAGGCAGAUCUCUACAACUUGAUUGUAUGUUAUGUGCUAUGUACCUUACUCUUCAGACACACUAACGUAGAGUAUUAACGGUUUUUUUUUGCAACUUUUUUCUAACGACUAAUUCAACUAAUAUUAAAAUUAUAUCAUCCUUGACGAACAGGGCGUUUAAAAUAUAUAAGAGCAACUUCUGACUUAGAAAUUAUCGGCUCGAUUGUACUACAGGUAUAAGUUGAUCAUAAGAACAUGUUAGCAUACUACUCAGUUUGCGUGGGGUCUCAAUAACUACAAUUAUAAUGUAUGCGUGUACAUAUUUAAUAUUUUAUGCAUUUUUUUGAAGUAAUUACCUGCCAGUUAAACUAAAUUGGUAUUAACCGAGGUAACAAGUGUACAAUUCUGUAAUUUGGGGAGCGCCAUAGCUUGUCGUGCUUUGUGAAUUAGUGUCAUCAAGUAUCAUUGAAAUCUUUGAUGUAGAUUAGAAAAAUGAAUAAGAAAGGGGAAACUAAAGAGAACUAUGCUCGAUAUUGUACAAAACUCGCACAGUGUGGAUAUUAUUUAUCGUAUUGAACAUUUUACUAUACAGGGUCUUCGUGAAAGAAAUCAUGUAUCAGUUACUCUUUCGGUGUCUUUUAUAUUAGAAAAUCAUACAUUAUAGCUGCCUGGCGAGCAACAAUUUGUUUAUAAAACUUGAACUCUUUUAGUGCCUCGAAUUAUUCUGCAGACAAUAGAAGAACAGAAAUUCUGAAAAAUCGACGUUUAUCAUAGUUUCGUGAUAGACUAAGUGCUCUUUGAAAGUCUGCAUAGUCAUGUAAUAGAAAAAUCAAUUCCCUUCAAACAAAAUAUAGGUAGUCUCGCAUUUAUGUACUGUAAUAUAUUUCAUAUCUAUCAAAUAAUCACCUUGCGAUAGUUGACUUUGAAACGCGAUAGACAGAUUUUAUCAGACUGAUGCAGCAAUAAUAACGAAACAAAUGUUUUAUUUUAAUGUGAUUUUAAAAUCGGGCUCGUUAUGUCCAAAAUCAAAUUUAAUCUGUGAAUUGCCAAUUAUUCGAAUUACUACUAUUUUCAUCCACGAUGCAAGGAUGUGACGAAACUUUUCGCAGAUCGCAAGGUUAAAUCGCUAUUUAUUUGAAACCCACUUCACAAACAAAAAUUUUUAUCAGGCUAUUUCGACGUUGUAGAUUAAAUUUGUUAGAUUAUUUAGUCAAAGGGAAUUUUGCAAUCGUUAUGCAGCCAUGUCACAAAAAUACUCUCGAAUAUUUUGUGUUUGUCACAACGCGGCAAGAAAAUCAUUCACGUUGAGUAUGUAAAUAUGAAGUGUUACAAUUUGAAAGUGCAAUUUCUACAGCGUGUGGUGAUUUCAUCACGCAAAUGACUUUGCCACAUUGGACCAAUGUAUAACUAUAAAAAAAAGCAAAAAAAAAAAAAAACACUAUUAUAAAGUAAUUUAGCGACUGAUUGAAGUUGACGAACUUAGUAUGACUGCUAACAAAAUUGGAUGUUUUGGAUAAUGAAUUAUUGAAGAGAAUCUAAACGCAAACAUUUAAAAUACCGUUUGUCGAGCAAGUCAAACGAUAUCGAUACGAUGCAGUGAUAAAGUCUAAUUAAUUAGAUAGCUAUUAAAACUUAAGGAUUUCCAAUUUUUCAACAGAGAUCAACGCCAUUUGUUAAAAAUCCAAUCAAUAUAGUUUGGUGGAAAUUAAAUCUAAACAAUUGAAUGACAAAUAAAAUAAAUUAAAGAAUAUCAAACUAAUGGUUAUACAAUGUGAUGCAAUAUGUAUAUUUUAUUGUUUAACACGAGGAUGUGAAAUUCAAUGCGCGCAUUAAUUAAGAACAAAAGACACGUAAACUUCGAUACUUUCAUCAUACAUGUAUAAUAUACGGAAUAUAAUUUAAAUUCAUUUUUACAAAUAACUGUAAUAUCGUCGCACAAUGCGUUGACAAAUAAACCAGCAUAAUGUUGUAA